UACAGAAUCGGCAUGUCGGCUGAAUACAAAACGUGUACGGACGCAGAAUCGACACCACGCUUGGAUAAAUGCAACCACUGGGUCCCAAUCUUGGUUGCAUUUAUCCAGGUUUUACUGUAUUGGGAACAUAGUCAAAAUGAUGACAUAAGAUGAUGACGGCGUUGAUGGACUUAUGUCCGAUGACGGUAUAGGGCGCCUCAAUCGACACGGCUCAUCGAGGGCAACAAACGACCUAAUAGGAGCGAAGACCUGAGAACAUGAUAAAACUUCAAACUAACCUAACCUAACCUAACCUGUUUUUUACGAGGGGGGAAAAAUGGCAUAGGCAGAUGGACGCCCGGUAGUGUUGCACACCUACCAUUGAAGUAUACCCACUAAAAAAACCCGCCUCGAUUUCGGCUGGGCGUGCCAGUGCCACCAAACCACCGCCGGAACCGCUAUUCAGCAUUUCUUCGGGGGAGGGCGACAAAGAAUCUGGCCGUGGAAACUAAAUACCUAACCUAACCUAAGCUGGUCCUUAUUAGAAGCGAUCGCUCCUCUCCCCCGUUCUUUCUUUCCUCCUUCUCCUGAUGAUGACGAUCAUGUCAUCCUCUUCCGCAUCAUUUCUUAACCCCUUACACUAUUUUGACGAGUCUGACUCGUGAUAAAAAUUUUAGGCCAAACUUGAAUAUCACGAGUCUGACUUGUGAUCGAGAUUUCGAACUCAGAGAUUGCGAAUUCUCUCGCACUCAGUCGCAAAAUAUCAUGUUUCAAAGUUCCGACAAUCUGUCUGCACCGCUCGGCUCCUAUCCCCACCAUUCGGGCGCCCCGUGUUUGGCCUGGCUUUUUCCGAGUUUCCGCAUAGUGCAAGGGGUUAAUCGGAGGUACGAUAACGGAUGAUCCCGUUUGGAUCAGACGGUGGCUGCUGCUUCACUCCUCUCCGUACCUCCUCCAGGUCAUCAUCGUCCUUGCCAUGCUUUUGGCCUCAUGAGAGUCUCCUCACCUUGAUAGGGAUUUAAGACAAGACAACACCUGCUUUUCUUUUCUCUCCAUUGCCAUCUCUAUCCAUCAUCGUUAUCAUCUCAUGUCAUCAUUUAGACCAUCUUUCCGCAUCGUCGCCCGAUAUUUGGGUCAGAAGAUCCAAAAGCUGUACAGUGUAAUAUGAAAAAAAAAGAAACAAAAAUUAUCGUACACUUGUACUGUAUCAUGGUGGGAUGUGUCUUUAACACGACCGCGACGGGGUGUACCACCGGUGGUACAUUCUUGUCUGUCCCAUGGGACGGGAUGCGCCACCGGAGAUACAUACACAAUGGUUUUAUCGGGCGGACUGAGCCACCCGUGUUAUAUGAACUAUUAUCGCGUCAUAGCAUUUAAAUAACUGAUUAUUGAAAUUAAUAAAUUUUUUUUAACCACGCUUCACGACGGGGACAAUGGAUUAAGGCCUCGUCACGAACGUAUUAAAGACGACGACAAUCACGACGAUGUAAGUCACAAAGGCGACGCUCUCAAUUGGAUAACGUCAUUCUGAAACCCAGGUGUUCUUCAUUUCAAGUUCAACGGAUUGUUAGACUACUAUCCAUUUAUUAAUCAUCCAACUAGUGAUUGCAUCAACUUCGGAGUUAACUAAGAAGCCUUAAAUAAUUUACUGGAUACAAUGAAAUACAAGAGGAUCAAGAUCAUUCUGCUAGCGUGCACGUGUGUGACGAUUAAUGCACUCAAACCAGAGCCAGAAGCGUUGAUGGGAAACUCGCCUGGUUAUGCGAUUACCACCGGAAUACAAAACCUAAAUUCGACCAGAUGCCGAAGAGAAAUGCAGAUAUUCCGGGACGCGGUUGACAACGGUGUACUUUGGAGUUUCAGAAUGUUGGACGCGAGCGGACAACCAACGUCGGGAUACAUUUCAGGAAACAACUAUUGGGUGGGAAAUAGACAAGAAUGCGAGUUCCUUAGCCAGAAGAGACAAUUUCCAUUGUCAGAGAAGAAGAUUCGAAAUAAUUCGAUCUACCGUAAUCCAGCCGAAGAGUUUCCACCUUUCGAGCUCAACUUCUUUGGUGCUCAUCUCAGUCAGAAUGGCACUGUGCAGUAUCAUAUGAGGGUUUCUAUCGACGAGAUAAUAGUACUCGGACUUUGUCUGCCAGCAUCCUGCAGCGAAUACGAAGUGGGUACAAUGCUAAAGAAGGUAUUCGACGAUAGACUUCUUCUAGUUGGACAACUCUAUUCGACGGACUUUGAGUUGAUGAAAAUCUCUAAUCUGAAAGAUGAUCAUGCAUGGCUUCUCAGUGGAAAAAUUAUUAUGAUUUUAUUUAUUUUGACAGUAUUAUUCGGUACAACGAUAGUAGCCACGUUAUACGAUAUUCUCAUCUAUCAGAAACGUCUGCAGAAAAAAACAGACGACGACGACGACGGCACUAUCGAAUUAAAGAACAACACGGAGGAGAAGUCGGAAUAUAAUGAAGAGGACGCUGUACCAUCAGAACCGAAAGCAGAGAAUCGAAUUGCAAAAAUCCUUAUAUGUUUCUCAGCUUAUUCGAACAUGAAAGAAAUAUUCAAAUUAGACAAUAGUUCAAAUGAUUUGAAAGCGUUUCAUGGCAUGAAGGUUAUUGGAAUGAUAUGGCUCAUUUUUUUCCACGUUAUAUACUACACACUGAACGUCACUGGUAACAAGGCAGAAAGCGCUAUAGCAACCACCAAUAUUGAAUUGCAAAUCAUAGCCAAUGGUACAUUUCCUGUGGAUACGUUUUUCUUUAUCAGUGGUUUCCUCGUGGUGUUUGGAUUUACAAAGAAAUUACAAAAGAACGAAAAUAACGCUUCAUUUAGCAGGAAUGUAAUGAUUUUCAUUCGUGCAGUCAUCAAAAAAUACAUCAGGUUUACACCGACGUACUUGAUUAUAAUAUUGCUCGCCAUCAUAAACUUCACUUGGAUUGAGAAAUUUUCAUUGAUGGAUUUCAAUGAACCGAUGCACGAACUAUGCUCAAAAUACUGGUGGAGAAAUAUACUCUACAUCAAUAAUCUCUUCGAAUGGAAUGAUAUGUGUCUGACAUGGAGCUGGUAUAUCGCCAAUAACAUGCAGUUCUUUGUUUUUGGUACCUUUGUUUUGAUUUUAUCAAGCAGCUACUAUUACACUGCUCUAAGCUUAAGCAUGGCUACUAUGUUUUUAUCCAUGUUGGUGCACGCUUAUAUAACGUACGACAUAGGAUACAUUCCUACAUUAGAUAUGCUACUUGAGACGUUUACUUCCAUGUACAUACGACCAUGGAUGAGAAUACCACCGUACAUAGUAGGGAUGGGCACAGCGGUAUUUCUUGCAAAAUGCAAUUAUAAAUUACAUUUGUCAAGGAAAGCGUUAGCUGUCUGCUGGUUCCUCAGCGUUUUGUGUAUAUGCACGAUUCUAUUUGGUAUCACAAAUAGAAACGUGUCGCUUACUGUAUCAGUCCUUUACGAGACGUUUAGCAGAUUUGCUUGGAGCCUUGGAAUAGCAUGGCUCGUAAUCGCCUGUGCCACAAACAAUGGCGGUAUCGUAAAUCAAUUUUUGUCAUUAAACUACUGGAUUCCCUUCAGCAGAGUAACGUUCUGCGCUUAUCUUCUAAAUCCAUUCUUAAUACAAUUAAUGGGUAUGUUUAGCAAUUAUCCAUUCAACGUUGAAGUUUUAACGACCGGUGCUUAUGGUAUCGCAAUAUGUGUAGUUACUUUCUUUGUGGCUUUUGGAUUGUCGGCGAUGAUUGAAGUACCUACGACAAUAUUCUUACGAACACUCACUACAUAGUAUCGUGGACCUCGAAGUGCACAAAUUACUUUAUUGUAGUGUAUGGCGGGGCCAGAAAGGGCCCGCAGGAAGGUCCUGUACGAAGAAGCCAGCUAGGCUCUUCAUGCGCGGAUUACACAAUACUACCUUUAACCCGUCCGAUCAGCAGCGGGAGCUUUCUUUAUUUUGGAUGAGAUAGAAAAAGGUUAGGUUUGGUUAGGUUAGUUAGCCAAAAAGUACUAACAAGAAAAGGCCUGAAUAGCUUUAGUCACUGAAAAGUAACUAUCUACUCACAGCCGACUCUAGUACUAGCCGUGCUGAAAUAAAAAUGGCAACACCGCGGGA